AUGGCACUUGAUAGAGGCCAAUUUGCGGAAUUCCUUCAGCAGGAAUUUGGCCUAACUCGAAUGGGUGGAAGGCCAACUUACAGAAAGCCCUAUCCAGAGUUCAUUGAUGAAGUUGAAUUUCCAAGGAAUUUCAGAAUUCUAGAGUUUGCAACGUUCAAUGGAGAGGGCGAACAAUCUACCUUGGAACAUAUCAGUCGGUUCACUGUCCAGUGUGGAAAAGCAGCAGCCAAUCCAUGGCUGAAGUUCUAUAGAGCUGACCUUGAAGUGUUAAUGGCAGGCCUUUCCAGACUUCAUCAACUACCUAGAGAGUCUGUGAUGAGCUUCUUUUCCAGAUUCAGGCGGGCCAAGUUCAAAUGUAAUUUGUCUUUGCCACCGGAAGAAUAUGUGAAGAUGGCUGUGAACGACCUAGAAUUUGAACUUUACAAGAAGUUUGAAGGUGUACAGAUCCAUGACUUGUUCGACUUGGCUGGCAAAGUGGCUAAGUAUGAAGAGUUCAUUCGUGAGGAGCAAGAUAGGAAGAACUAUUCCAAAGGCACUUAUUAUCGUGAUCCUAACUAUGAGGCCGCUUCUGGUUCUAAGUGGAAGGGGGCAGACUCUUCCAGAAGUUAUUCUUUUGACAUUUCUAAAGCCGAGCAAAUCUUUGAUUUGCUCAUGGCUGACAAGCAACUGAUUUUCACAGCUGGCCAUAAGAUGCCGUCGGCUUCAGAAAUGGCCGAGAAAGAGUAUUGCAAGUUCCACAAUUUGUGGAAGCAUUCCACUAAUAAUUGUGUUAUCUUCCGUAACAUUGUGCAAAAGGCAAUCGAAAAUGGCCGUUUGAAGUUUCCAGAAAAAUCAGAAGUCAUGGGUGUUGAUGGAAAUCCUUUCCCCAAGGUUGUUGCAACAAACGUUGCUUCUAUGGUUCAGGAGCAUUCCAAAAAGGAAGUAGACUUGGUAAAUCCAGCGACCAGUGGAAGGUUGGAAAUUCCAAAGACGGCAACAUCUAUGGAAAAGACAGUAGCUGAAUUGGAGAGGCAACUCCGAGAGGCCCAGAUUGCGUUAAUCCAAUAA